CAAAUUCUGUCUAAUGUAUCUGACAUUUAUUGUUUUUACUACAAAAUUUUCCAAUAUUGUUUAAAUGAGCAUGAAACUGAAACCAAUAAUAAAUUUGAAGAAAGCGGUGUCUAGCACACAGUAUUUAGUCAACGUCAAGAAAGUUUAUAAGAAUCCUUUUUUCAAUUUCCUCAAAUAUUUCAGAAAAACCCAAAAAGGUAAGUUCGAUUUAAUUGAAACUACUAAAAAAGCUGCAAAUAUUUGGCGGUUGAUGAACGUCAGAGAGAAGUCUCCGUUCCUGAAUCAAUCGAGGGAAGCAAAAUCGAGAACGAAAAGGAGAAGAAGAAGUCCUUCAUUCAGGAGAUAUAGAAAAAGAAAAGUAAUCGAAAGAAAGGGAUCAGAAAGUUCCACGGAUAGUGCUAGCAUAUCUAGUAUGGAAUUACUGGAAUUAUGCGGUAAUAUGUCUAGAAGUAAAAUGAGAAAAAAAGAAAGUAAAAGUAAAAAAAUCGGAGAUGUAUGAAAAGUAACUAAAGAUUGUAUAGAAGCAGUGAGUGAUAUGAAAAAUAAAUUGUAUAGUUGAAAUCUUAUAUUUUUUUUACUUGUAAAUGUCUCAUUGUAGGGAAAUUCUAAUAACUAAGAGAC